GGCGGAGCCAGGGCGGGCGACCGGUUAUUUGGUCCGCGCCGGGGGGUCGCCGACAUCGCCUGUGGAGCCGGGUCGGGCUUCCUCCUCGUCUGUGGGAAAACUACAAAAUGACAGAUAGCUUGGAUGAAUUUAUUGAAGAGCAGAAAGCGAAACUGGCCAGAGACAAAGCAGAAUUGGAAAGUGAUCCACCUUACAUGGAGAUGAAGGGAAAGGCACCAGAGAAACUCUCUGAAAGCAGCAAAAUACUAAUCUCUAUGGCUAAGGAGAACAUACCACCGAAUAGCCAGCAGCCCAAGGGAUCCUUAGGAAUUGAUUAUGGAUUAAGUUUACCACUUGGAGAAGAUUAUGAACGGAAAAAACAUAAAUUAAAAGAAGAAUUGAGGCAAGAUUAUAGACGCUAUCUUACUCAGGGCAUUACACAAGCAAAAAGAAAGAAAAAUUUUCUAUCUACGGGUGAAACAGACCCAUCUACUCUGGGAGUUUCUCUUCCUAUCGAUGAGCGGUUAUCUGCCAAGGAAAGGUUGAAACUUGAGCGCAACAAAGAAUACAAUCAAUUUCUCAGGGGUAAGGAAGAAUCCAUAGAAAAGGCCAGACAGGUAGAAAAGAAUAUUGAGCCUAAGAGUCAAAGAAAUAAAAACCCUGUUAGUCACGGCAAACCUGAUCUACCUCCACAAAAACAGACUUCAUACACACAUUCAGAGGCCCCCACAUAUGAAGAGCUUCUAAACCGAAGACGUCGGGAGGAAAGCAGAUAUCAACAACUAGAUGAUGAAAUUGAGUUAAUCAGUAGAAGACUUCUUAAACAGACGAAUGAAGAAGUAGGCAUUUCUGGUACGAAACAAAGCUUUGCCAGCAAGGCUGGUGUUCCGGAGCGAAGAGCUCGAAGGGUUAAUGCGGAGCAAGUGCCUGACAGACAGUACUAUAGAUCUGACCGAGAUCUUGACGGCAGUGAAGAAAUGGACGAGAGAUUUAGAUUUGAAAGUGACUUUGAUAGAAGACUUCUGAGAGUAUAUCCAGAUGAGAGGCCACAGGGAAACAGACAAAGGAAUGUACCUCCUAGGGAGAAUGAGGAUGGUGUCACAGACCAGUCAAACGGACGGAUUUCAUCUGCUGGAAACACAAGUGCUCAGGAUAAUGAACCACCUGAAUCUGCUCAUCGUGGAUCUGCUGAUCCCCUUAUCUGUAGUCCCUUUGCAGGGAUGCUCUUUGGAGGUGAAGAUCGAGAAGCUCUCCGGAGAAAGAAAGAGAAAUAUAGGCAAGAACUGCUGGAACAGAUGGCUGAGCAGCAGAGGAAGAAGAAACGAGAAAAAGAUUUACGACUUUCACUUGCGGCGGCUUGUGUACGCGGCCCUGAAAAAUCGUGGAAUGACUCAGACACAUCGUUGCAGUUAAGUAAGGAGGAGCCUGAUAGACUAAAGCAGUUUAGUUUGACACCAAGACCCUUUGAAGAGAUGAUACCACCUGAGAGACCCAGAGUAGCUUUCCAGACACCUCUCCCUCCUCUCUCUGCCCCGUCUGCCCCACCCAUCCCGUCAGUUCAUUCCGCCCCUUCUCAAAAUGAAGACUUGCACAGUGGACUCAGCAGCACCCUUGGUGAAAUGGUGCAUCCCAGGAUUAUGCCUCUGCCUCCACCUCCUCUACUACCCACUAUGGCCAGUAACUAUCGAACGCCUUAUGAUGAUGCAUACUAUUUUUAUGGUGCCAGAAAUACACUGGAUCCCAGUAUUGCUUACUAUGGCUCAGGAGUGAUGGGAGGACUGCCUGCUCCUCAUGUCUCUGCCCCUGUCACUCACCAAGUAGUACAGCCUGUCGUGAAUCCUGUUGGACAGAAUGAACAGAAAAUUUUAGGUGAUCGCUUCAUGAAUUCAGGACUGAUCUUUGAAGAUAAACCAAAACCUUCCAAACAGUCACUUCAGUCUUACCAAGAAGCUCUGCAGGAGCAGAUUCGGGAAAGAGAAGCAAGAAGGAAGAAAGAACGCUUAGAAAAAGAAGAAUAUGAAGCAAAAUUGGAGGCUGAAAUGCGAAUUUACAACCCCUGGGGGAAGGGCGGAGGUGGCGCUCCUCUCCGAGAUGCCAAAGGAAAUCUGAUAACUGAUUUGAAUAGGAUGCACAGACAGAAUGUAGAUGCCUACCAUAACCCAGAUGCAAGGACACAUGAAGAUAAAAGGGCUAUUGUGUCUAUAGACCAAAACUUAGCCACUUCAAGUGCUGAGAACCUAGAAGACUCUGCAAAUAAAAACCCAGGUCUUGUGCAAGCACAGAGCUCUCCCUUUGCCCGGGGAAACACAUUUGGGGAGCAGCCCACAGAGCUUCAGAUUAAAGAGCAAGAAUUGUACAAGAAUUUCCUUCGUUUUCAGAUCGAGGAAAAGAAACAAAGAGAAGAAGCAGAGCGCGAGAGACUGAGAGUGGCCGAGGAGAAGGAGGAGAAGCGGCUUGCGGAGCAGAGGGCAAGGAUUCAGCAAGAGUACGAGGAGGAGCAGGAGAGGAGGAGGGAGAAGGAGGAGGAGCAAAGACUAAAAAAUGAAGAACUCAUUCGGUUAGCUGAAGAGAGACGAAAAGAAGCAGAAAGAAAGAAGAAAGAAGAGGAAGAAAAACAUAACUUGCAACUUCAGCACUACUAUGAGAGAGAAAAUAUGAUGGGAGAUGAAACAAAGCAUUUGAGACAGCCUUCCCCUGUGGUUCCUGCUCUUCAGAACAAAAUUGCAAGCAAACCCCAGAGACCUCCUUCAGUCGACACCAUCAUAAGCUCCUUCAUUCAUGAAAGCUCCCUGUCCAGGGCACAGUCUCCUCCAGUUCCUGCAAGGAAGAACCAACUCCGUGCAGAAGAGGAGAAGAAAAAUGUGAUUCUGGAGCUCUCAGAAAUGAGGAAGCAGCUCCGCAGUGAGGAGAGGCGUCUGCAGGGGCGGCUGCAGCAUCUGGACAGUGAUGACGAGACCCCCCUCAGGAAAAGAGAAAGGAAUCCCAUGGACAUAUUUGACAUGGCUAGGCAUCGGGUACAAGCUCCCGUCAGAAGACCGUCCCCGAAGGCCUUGGAUGCUGCUACUUUUCAGAAUAUUCAUGACUUCAGUGAGCUGAAAGAGAGAGAUUCAGAAACACGAGUGGAUCUGAAAUUAAUGUACCCAGAUCCUCCACGAGAUCAUGACACCUUAGAGAUCCAGCAGCAGGCCCUGCUACGGGAGCAGCAGAAGAGACUGAACAGAAUAAAAAUGCAGGAAAAUUUGGGAGUUGAUUUUGACACCAUGUCCAAUGGGAAAGUACAAGGGUGCAGAAUGCCCAGAGAUGACACUAAUGACUUUUUGAAAAAUUCAUUACUGGAAUCUGACAGUGCUUUUAUUGGUGCUUAUGGUGAGACAUAUCCUGCCAUUGAAGAGGAUGCCUUCCCUCCACCAUCACAGCUGCCCUCUGCAAGGGAGCGCAGGAGGAACAAGUUGAAAGGACUGGAUUUUAGCCAUCCGUCUUAUAGCAUGUGUCAAUACCAGAUCCCUCUUCGUUAUAUGUAGACACUGCAGUUUGCACAUUCAUUCGACCGGUGAUGGAUACCUUCCUGGGUUAGUGUCACCUUUCUGCUGUCCUGAGAUUGCUGCUAGCAUUCAAAGGACAGGUUUCAUGUGGAUGUUUGUUUUGUUUUACUUAUUUCUCUGAAUUACUGGAUUAUUUGGUCACUGUAUGAAUUUAACAUUUUCAAGGAUUUCUAUUUCCCAAAACAUGUUCGCCAUUUUAUACCAUUUUCAAACAUUUUUCAUUUAUAGCAGUCUAUGAAUUUCCUACUUCUCCAUGCCCAGUAGUGGUUAUCAGCCAUCAUUUUUCUUACAGCUAAAAUGUCCAUUGUGUCAUAGAAUAGCUCAUGUGCUUCCUAGCUGGUUGUGGAUCUCCUUUGGAGAUCUGUCACUUCAAACCUUUUAAAGGUCCAUUUUCAAAUUGUGUGUACUAUUUUCACUGGGGAAACUUAAGACUUCUUUAUACAUUCUGUCAGAUGUUAGAUUUGCAAAUAUUUUCUAUUAAAAAGAUUGUCCUUUUUUGUCUUCUUGAUAGGUUUUAAAGCAUAGAUGCUUUAACUUUUAAUAAGGUCCAAAUUACCAGUUUUCUUUUUUAUCAUUUGGAUUUUUGAAGGUCUUACGUAAGAAAUUAGUCUAACAUAAAACCAUGAAGAUUUACUUGGGAUACACUCGAGUUAGCUCUGCAUUUGGUAUGAGAUAUGCAGUCUGAAUUCCUUCUUUAGCAUGCAGACAUUAUUUCUCUAGCACCAUUCAUUGAAAAGACUAUUUCUCUCCCUAUUGCACUUGGUUUGGUCUUUAUAAAAAAAAAAAUACCAUGAUUACUUUUCAGGAUUAAUUUCUUCCAUUGCUUUGUGUGUCUGUCCUGCCUUGACACUGACUUGAACACUAAGCCUCAGCUUCUGCUGUGUGUGUUUUCUUUUUGUGCCCUGUAAUUCCUGGACCUUAAUCAGCUGCCAGCAUUAAGUCACCACAGUGCUACUUCUUAGCCCUGACAAAGUCACCUGACCUUGCAAAGACAGCACACAGAAUCCACACACUCCUGUUGUGCUCUUCACAGAGUGUAUUGAUCCAGGGUAAAACUAUGCUGACUGACUGUUGGAGCGUUUCUAAAUUCUCUCUCUGUAACUGUAGGAUAGUAGUCGGCUCCACAUCCCACCAGAUGGUCUCUCUUUAAAAUCUGUCUCCAGUGUAAAUGUCGAUCAGCUUAGAAUGAGAAAUGAAGACAGAAUGAGAAGACUGAAUGAGCAUC